CGUCAGCGGCGCGCAGCCCAGCCUUGCCACCGACUCUCGUUUGGCGGCUGCGGACCAGCGGACACACAGACCGACGGCAGCAGCCACCGAAGGCGAGGCGCGCGCGGCGGGAGCGCAGGGAAAUCUGCAGGGCCGACCCGAGCCAGGGCCGCAGCCUCCGGCCGACAGCGCCAUGGACGGAGUCGACAACGCCACCCUGCUCUUCGCCCCGUCCUCUCUGCAGCCGGACAACUACACUCUGCCGCCCAACGCCAGCAGCCUGAGCCCCGUCUCGGACGUCCCCCUCGCUCCUGCCUCCAGCGCGGGCCCCAGCCCGGCGCUCAGUGUAGCGCCCGGGCCCAGCGUCAGUUUCGGCCCCAGCGUCAGUUUCAGCCCCAGCGUCAAUUUCAGUCCCAGCGUCAACUUCAGUCCCAGCGUCAGUUUCAGCCCAGGCCCCACUUUCAGCCCUGUCCCGACUUUCAGCCCCGGCCCCACUCCGACCCCGGCGCCGACGGCCGGCAGCUUCGCAGGCGGUGCGACCAGCCCGGGCCCUACCCCGUUCUGGGACACGCCGCUGAACCACGGGCUGAACGUGUUCGUGGGUGCCGCCCUGUGCAUCACCAUGCUGGGCCUGGGUUGCACGGUGGAGGUGAACCACUUCGGGGCGCACGUCCGCCGGCCGGUGGGCGCGCUCCUGGCCGCGCUCUGCCAGUUCGGCUUCCUGCCGCUGCUGGCCUUCCUGCUGGCGCUCAUCUUCUCCCUGGACGGGGUGGCCGCCGUGGCGGUGCUCCUGUGUGGCUGCUGUCCCGGCGGGAAUCUCUCCAACCUUAUGUCCCUGCUGGUGGACGGCGACAUGAACCUCAGCAUCAUCAUGACCAUCUCCUCCACGCUCCUGGCCCUGGUCUUGAUGCCCUUGUGCCUGUGGAUCUAUAGCCGGCCAUGGAUCAACACCCCUCUGGUGCAAUUACUGCCCAUAGGGACAGUGACCCUGACUCUCUGCAGCACCCUCAUUCCUAUUGGGUUGGGUGUCUUCAUUCGCUACAAAUACAACCGGGUGGCUGACUACAUUGUGAAGGUUUCCCUGUGGUCUCUGCUAAUGACGCUGGUGAUCCUUUUCAUAAUGACUGGUACUAUGUUAGGACCCGAACUGCUGGCAAGUAUUCACGCACCUGUUUACGUGGUAGCUGUUUUUAUGCCUUUGGCAGGUUACGCCUCAGGCUACGGCUUAGCUGCUCUCUUCCACCUUCCACCCAACUGCAAGAGGACUGUGUGCCUGGAAACAGGCAGCCAGAAUGUGCAGCUCUGUACCGCCAUUCUAAAACUAGUCUUUCCACCACAAUACAUAGGUAGUAUGUACAUGUUCCCCCUGCUUUACGCCCUUUUUCAGUCUGCAGAAGCAGGGAUUUUUGUCUUAAUAUAUAAAGUGUAUGGAGGUGGAAUAGGGCACAAGCAAGAUCCUCUAGAUGAAGAUGAAGAUACAGAUAUUUCUUACAAGAAACUAAAAGAAGAGGAAAUGGCAGAUACUUCCUAUGGCACAGUGAAAGCAGAUAAUUUAAUUAUGAUGGAAACCACUCAGACUUCACUCUAAAUAGGAAGAUACACAGGAGUAUCUCUCUUGCUGAAAUAUUACUUUGUAUCUAUGGUCUGUGGUCGUGUCCUAUGGUUUACAUAAAGAACAAUUGGUUUACAUUACUAUACAUGUAACAAUUUUGAUCUGCCCACCAUAAGGUUGCAUUGGUAUAUUAACCGAGCAUUUUCAUAAAUUGCAAAUCAAUGUCGUAAUAUAACUUGCACCUGGGACUAAGCGAUGCCUGAACAAGUUAAAUGUGCUUUUUGGUUUUCACCAAUGCCAAUUUCUAUGACUGUUUCAAACAUUAACUCUUAGAAAACAGGGUCUUGGAAAUGUAGAAUUUUGAUGCACUAUCUUAUAUGAGCAAAAUCGUGCUAUAUUUGUAAAGCAUAAUUGAGUUUAAUGUAACUACUGUAAAAAAAGUGUACUCACUAGCUUAUAAAUACUUGACACUGUUAAAAGUUAACCUAUAUUCAGAAAAAAUCCCCAAACAGGUCAAUUAAAUGAUGAAAGAGAGUA